AUGAUCAGCAGUUUCAUCAUAUGGGAUGAUGGCUUUCUAAUCAACCUGAACUGGGGACUGCCUAUGCAGUGUGCGUGGAGAAAUAUCGGUCGCUAUAGCGGCAGUGCCCUUUUCAUGCUCGUUCUGGACGUGUUCACGUCGUUGUCGGAUAUUUCGUACGCUACUGUUCUUUUUUUCCCGUCUUUGGUACGCUUCAACGUUCUAAAUCGAAUUCCGGACUUGAUCUUGGAACUUUCUCUAUUCGUUUUCAAAAGAGCCUGCAGGCUUGACCAGCAGCGCAUGGCAACACGGAGCGCUAUACUACGGGCUGCGAUGACGCCUAUCACGAAACUUUUGCUCUUUCUUGCCGGCCUAAUAUUCCUUAUCGCUCUCUGUGUUACGGAUAUUCUGGGCUCACAAAGCCUCCAGAUCCUCUUAUCCUACAUAAAGCUAUCAACCAAUUCUGCCCUUGUUAUAACCCUAAGGCAAAAUGCCCAAAAGAAUGGAAUGGAAGGCGACGAAAACUCAUGGGGAUUUGGACAAAUCUUGCCUCUCUUACUCCUAACCUUACCCUUUUUUCAAAGCAUGGAAAUGAUGCUAGACCUUAAAGACACUAGUCCUAUAAAGUCUGGAAGCUCAGCAUCGUGUCCAUCGAAAGAGAAUCACACAGAGCUUACCACCAACGAGGAAUCGUCAGCGCAACACCAGCAGCUUAGUGGCGAGCCGGAACAACUACCUACACGCGACUCCCAAGAAACAGUGCACUUCCCCUCGGAAGUUGACUCAAUUCUAUCUAUUUUCCCCUCUAGCCAGAGUACACUGGAUGCGGUAGAUCAAAUUGUGCCGGAAAGUGGCCGCCAACAGAGAGUUGACACCGAAAUGGGCCGCUCUAUGUCGUCUACCCAAAAUCAAGCCCAUCAACUACCUUCCGGGGGCUCUCUGAACGUCUUCAAAAUCGCACGAGACAAGUCAGUGGAGGAAGUUCGAGAUUAUCAGAAUGGAAACUACAGGAAGCUUAGCAUGGUGUCCGUUGGGAUCAGUUAUUUUAUGAUACUCUUCUGGUACCAUUAUGCACUGGGGACUGAAAUAAUCACUUCAGCGGUGAUAGAUAAUCCGCUCGUGUCCAAUGCAUAG